AACCAUUGUAUCCAAAAGGAGAUUCAAGUGGCUUGUCCCGACGGAGUUGGGAGCUCAGAACUUUAAUCAGCCAGACCAAAGAUACUGCUUCCAAGCAAGCACCAAUUGAAGCUGUCCAAAAGUCUGUUCAGUUGUUUGAAGAAAGGAGAUACAGAGAGAUGAGGAGGAAGAACAUCAUUGGCCAAGUUUGUGACACACCGAAAUCUUACGACAAUGUCAUGCAUGUAGGUUUGAGAAAAGUGACCUUCAAGUGGCAGAGAGGAAACAAAAUUGGUGAAGGCCAGUAUGGGAAGGUCUAUACCUGUAUCAGUGUUGACACUGGAGAGUUGAUGGCUAUGAAGGAAAUAAGAUUUCAGCCUAAUGAUCACAAGACCAUCAAAGAAACAGCUGAUGAACUGAAGAUUUUUGAAGGCAUCAAACACCCUAAUCUUGUUCGUUAUUUUGGUGUGGAGCUCCAUAGGGAAGAAAUGUACAUCUUCAUGGAGUACUGUGAUGAGGGCACUCUGGAGGAGGUAUCAAAACUGGGCCUUCAGGAGCAUGUCAUUAGGCUCUACUCAAAGCAAAUCACGAUUGCUAUCAAUGUACUACAUGAACAUGGUAUUGUUCAUCGAGACAUUAAAGGAGCCAACAUCUUUCUUACCUCAUCAGGACUGAUUAAACUAGGAGACUUUGGCUGCUCAGUGAAACUGAAGAACAACACCCAGACAAUGCCUGGAGAAGUGAACAGUACUUUGGGGACUGCAGCGUACAUGGCUCCAGAAGUAAUUACCAGAGCGAAAGGAGAAGGGCACGGACGUGCAGCAGACAUCUGGAGCCUGGGCUGCGUUGUUAUAGAGAUGGUCACUGGCAAGAGGCCUUGGCACGAAUACGAGCACAACUUCCAGAUCAUGUAUAAAGUGGGGAUGGGUCACAAGCCUCCUAUUCCUGACAAGGUGAGCCCAGAAGGGAAAGACUUCCUUUGCCACUGCCUGGAAAGUGACCCAAAGAUGAGGUGGACAGCCAGCCAGCUCCUGGAUCAUCCUUUUGUCAAGGUUUGCACAGAUGAAGAAUGAAGUUAUUCAAUCUCUGGCCUUUAUUCUGACAAGAUAUCUUUUAAUCACUACUGUAUGUAAUAUUUACAUAAAGACUGUGCUGAGAAACAGUAUAAAAGUUGAACUUUCGAAGACUGCACAAGUGACGAGCGUCACUUUCUCUGCUGCUCCUGUAUGUUUUACUUGGCACGUGUUGCUCACGUGACAGUGUCCGCAAGGUGGAAAAAGCUGCAUGUUUCCGUGAAAGUGCCAUUACUACUGUAUAUGGACCAUGCCUUUUUUUGUUCUUUCUCCUGUUUCUCAUUUGAUUGAGAACUGUAAUGUUAAUAUGUAGUAUUUUUGAACUCUUUAGGUUCAGAAAAAUGCUGUAGUGUUAUCAGGCGUUAUGGACCUUGUUUUUUUAAUCUGUUUGUUGAGUGCACUGACUGUGAACUUUUACUGGUUUUUGUUUAUUUGUUUUUGUCAAGCUUCAGAUUUGUUAUGCACAAGGCUGAUUAAUGAACUUUUAAAAAUGUUUUUUCUCAAUAAAUGGUUUAUUUUAGGA